AUGUCAGCCUCACAUACCAGCAAACAUCCAAGAAAGGAUCUCAAACGACAAGAUAUUGGCGACUUCAAACCCGAACGCAUCGAUCUCUCAUGGGAUAUCGCCGAACAUCUGCUUCACGACAACUUCUUCCUGCAUCAUUACGCCUCACUCACAUCCUAUAUCAAGAACUUCGUCGAGCACGUUUUCAAACCUGGAGGAUCUCCCAUACAGGGCUCAGUAUGGCCGUCGGCGGGCGAGAACAACAUCCAUUUGGAGAGCAUCGUCAGCGAAAUCGCCCGUCCAGACCCGUACGACCAAAACCCGUGGGACGACCUGAUGAAAUGCAGAGCAAAGCGCUCUUGCGUCAUGCGAGCCGUUCUCAUGAGAAUCUUCACCGACCAGGUCUUCUCUCAGCUUCUCUUCGGGGCGGACCAGAAGCAGAAGGAGAUGCUCCAUCAUCAAGACAAGCAGUUCAUGAAGGACGACGGCUUCAGACGAACGAAGAUGCGAUCAACGACUGUGCAGAUGAUGCUCGGCCACACCUACGGAAUCCCGCCGUGUUUCUGGUCCGAGGUGGACAAGCUGGCGCUGAAGGUGUUGAUCCUCGUCCUUCCCGUGCUGAACUGGACCAGAAAGACAUGGCCGUCCGGCGAAGAACUUAUCGACGUCAAGGACGUCUACCAGAGCAUACACAGCUGCGUAGCAUACGCCGCCUGGUUCGCAGUACAAGCCCGACGUUCGCCCUCUAUGCUCAAGUUCACAUGGCUCUCGCCCGGCGACCGUUACCUCCCAGAUCAGAUCGAACUCUGCGAGAAGCUGUACCAGUCGCGGCGCAAAAUCGUCGAGAGAGAGUAUGAUGAAGCGCUCAGCAGUAGGAUUUCCGUCUCGGCAGGAUCAGCACCCCCGGGUCUGCCGCCCAACAGGGUCGCGAGGGUCAUGAUCUCCGUGGUACCCCGUUUGGAGAAGCUCGAUAUCACGGUCGCCCCGGACAUUGGGGCGGCGGUCGGUCACACGGUGAAUACCCUGGCAGACCACCGAGUAGUCUAUUACCACGGGCUCCAAGGCGAAUCUGACGAUCAACUGCUCUUCAGGAGCUCGUUGGCGGAACACUCGCUGAGCUUGAGACCGAGACGACUGUUCAGCCCUGGUGCCUUCUUGCGCGGCAGCAGGAGACACGCCUUUCGGUAUAUGAUGUUCGUUGCGGAAAUUCUCUGUUAUUGUUUUGUGGUGGUGUGUAUUUUGCAAUUCUUGAGAGAAACUGGCGAGACCACCACCAAGACUUUUCCGCCUAAAGAGAAAAACAGUGAUUCAGAUGUUCGGACUUCGCCGGCGCAGUUCUGGGCGUUUCCAUCAUAG